AUGUCUAUCCUCAGACGCUCGCCCUCGCUGGAAUCGGUCAGCAGCGUGCGCUCGCUCGAAAGCAUGCAAUCUCUCGACAGCGCCAAGUCCUUCAGCAGCGCCCACUCGCCAGGCGGCGAGAGCGCUAAACUAUCAGACUAUGGCGACCUCAACAACAUUGAUAUGGGACGGACUAUAACCAAGGCUCCCGUCGUACCAGCAGUGGUGGACGGCGACGUUGAGAAGCCUUCGCCGACGGAUGACGGCGCGCAGAGCACGUGUGACGACGAGUGCGAGCCUGCGCCCAAGUCCCCUGUGGAACCAGCUCCGCCGGACCACAGAAAGCACGACCGCUUCUAUAUGGACCCCAGGACGAUCAAGCUCGUGCUCGACGACGGCACCCUCUAUCGCGUCUUCCGCCAGUCUUUCGCGACGCACUCGACCUUGUUCGCCGAGGAGUACCUUGCGGGACGCGGGGAUGAUGAAGUCACCAAGCUUCCUGGCGUGUCCUCCGUCGACCUCGACAGGUUCUUGUCGUUGAUGUAUCCGUCGGAAGUAGCGACCUGCGAGCUUUCCUCCGCCCAGGACUGGAUCUCUAUCCUUCGUCUCGCACAUCGAUGGUCCUUUCCCACUCUCCGUGCCCGAGCGCUCCGGGAGAUCGAGCUCGUUGGUAGCGCGGUCGACAAGAUCGCCACCGCUCGAGAGUUCGGUGAUCUGGAGCCCUCUAAGCAAUGGCUCAUGCCCGCAUUCGUCGAAGCCUGCACUACACGUAGCUGGCUCGGUUCGGUCAGUGUUCAGGACGCUGAGCGCUUGGGCGCGGGUACGAUCCUGGCUCUUGCGAAGAUUAGAGAGGAGAUGCGCGAGGUUGGGGGAAGGAAGUACGACACAGAGAACGCCAUUGCUGCAUUCGGACUUGCAACAGAGCGUCCAAAGACUCGGACGGAUCCCACGGUAGCGACCACUGCUUCUACUUCACCACACGCACGCUCUUUGUCCGCCGCGAAGGUGACCGAAGGAGGCCCGGAUGUCGAUACCAGCGUACCUGUCAGUGACGCGAAUCCUACAGCCUCGCGACCUAUCGCCGCUGACGAAGCACUCAAGACCCACCAGAGCCUCUUCGGAGGUUGGGCAGGCACUUCCGGUGGCAAUGGGACGAGUGGGACCCAUAAGGGCACAGAUAGCAUGCACGAUAUCGGAAAGGGGGCGUCUAGCAAGAGCAACGGGUUGCAAGCUGUGCAUACCCCGAUCCUAUCUUCGGUAACGACGACGCCGGAUAUGCCUCAUCAAGGCGUCACUGCCGGCCCUAUUCAAGUUCCAGCGACUGCACCUCCUCCAGUGGACUUGCGUGAGCAUAAGGAGGACGACGGCAAUAUGUCUCCGCUGGAUCGCGCGAGGCUCGCGUUAAGCAUAGCACAGUCUUCGGAAGGGGAGUCGCCCAAAGUAAUGCACUCUAAACGCGCUCGGGCCUCGCGCAUUGCGGACAAGAUUUUGAACGAGUCACCAUGCUCUAAUUAUCUGAAGGACCAAGACUUCACAUUGAGCCCGACCGUGCCGCCUGAUCAAGCCCUUCGACGGGUAUGCCAACGCAUCGCUUGCCUAAUCUCCCGGAAACUCUUGAUCGCACACGCACCCGAGCAAUCAAACGUGGAUGAGCAGAGCAUCCCAACCGUUCUUCGAGUGGUCGUUCCAAAGGGUGUGAAAGGUGCACCAAUCAAGCGUAGGAUCUCGGCAGGGCUGAAAGGGCAGGGUUUGACUAUAAGGGAAGACGUCAACAACAGGAGGGUGUUAUCUGUGCAUGUCCCGCAGAUCAACAGUGCCUAA